AUUCCUUCAGGGAGUCAAGGCGACAGUAUUCCAAAGGCCUAUAAGGAAAGGAAACUACUGCCUUUAAAAUUGCUCGGACUUUCAGAAGGAAAAGAAAGCCACCCUGAGUGAUGUAAUGCUUUGCCAAUUGCAUCUCGUCCGGUUUGUUGCUGUCAAGCCAAUAGAAUUUACGCUGCUUUUUCGCCACGCCCCUAACCUGCUUCCACAGUAUCCAAACUGAGGAGAGGGGAUUUACUGUCGCUGGCCGGCGUGAGCUUGGGUCACAUUGGGCUGGAAUUUUGGUGUUGACAUAGAAACUUCGGGAAGAUCCAGUGGAAGUAGCAGCAACUGGUAAUCUGAGAGUACUAGACACGUCUGCCUGGUUCUUUGAACUUUAGCCAGCGAGAAGCUUUUGGCAAAGUGGAACCUGAAAGAUGCCUGUGCAAGUUGAUGAUAUUAUGAAACUCCUCUGCCAUGUUUCUGACCAUCAGAAAAUGAAAGCAACAAUAAAGCAUUCUGCAAGAGGAGCCCUUGUAGCCGCCGCAGGGGCCUUUUUAGGAGGUUUAGUUGGAGGUCCUCCGGGAAUAGCCGUAGGAGGUGCAGUGGGAGGAGCAAUGGGAGCAUGGAUGACAAGUGGACAGUUCAAGCCUAUACCUCAGAUUAUCAUGGAACUUCCACCUGUGCAACAACAAAGGCUAUGUGAUGAUAUUUACACUAUUGUCAGAACUCUGGACUGGACCGAUGCAACUCAACUCAUCAUGCUUGUGAUGGGCAAUGAUUCCUUAAAACAGAAGGUGGUAGCAGCUCUUAUUAACUAUAUGACAAAGGAACUGCAAGCUGAAAUUCAGUAUGGGGAUUAGAUAAUUGCAUGGUUGCCUUUUUACUGGACCUACUGCAAGGCUGGUUAUGUAUCCAGUGCCUAGGGAAAUUCCUUGAGGUGAAGAAAAUAAAACAGCAAUGAGUGUGGUGAAUUGAAGUAGAAUAUAGCCUGUAUGUUAAACCUUACAUGCAUUACUAUGGGCUGAACCAGUGAAUCAUUGUUGCUCAGUUGAUAUAAACUCCCUGUGAUGUGGGAAUAAAUAAUAAUUAUAAAUGUUAUUUAUUGAUUUUCAUUUAGAAAUUGAAUUGCAGUGAUAUGAAUAUGGCUCGCAUCUGGCUGAUUUUGGUUAGAAUCGCUGAUGGCACAAGGCCUUAUAAUCUGAUAUUAUUCUUAUUUGAUUAAGAUCCUGCUAAGGAGAAAAUGCAGAAUAGGUUGCAGAUGUCUGGGCCUCGAUGCAAACUUGAGCCUCAUGAUCCACAAUAGUUUUCUUUUUCAUAAAACCUGUACCUGUAUAAUGAAUUGUAAAAAAAAAAAAAAUAUCGGGUUUCAUGUGAUUAUUUAUUUGGCAAUAGUCGGUAUUAUAUUCUCUUAACCUGUUUUAUGUCUUGGUACAGUAACAAUAGAAUUACUAGGGAACACCAAGUUGUUAGGCGUCUCCCAGUAGUUCUAGUUGUUCCUACCCUGGGUUGAUAGUCCUAAAAAACUGCAGUGGCCUAAGGUAAUUUUGUUUCGGUGUUUCAAGCAUGUACCUAUUUACACUGGUUGUAUGCACAAGGAAACUGGUAAAGACAUUGUAUACUGUAUGCAGAGAUUGGCCUGUGCAUGCCCAUUAGUAAACAUUUAAAUAGGUGGUCCAGGUCUGGCUGCACUCUGUACCUUAUGGUAGGUAAAAAAAAUAUUGCGUACAGUAGCAACAAGGAGAUGGGGUCCCCUAUGUGUCCCCCUUUUCCUCAAUUGCCUGCCCCUUAUGAGUGCAGCACUGCCAAACACAGGCAGCACUGUAUUCAUGGGGCAAACACAAGGCUCUGCUCUCUGUUUCGAAACACAAUUGUUUUUAACUGCUGGGCAGGGGGCAAAGUACAAAUUACAUGGUGGACUGUGCCAUGUGGUGUUUUUUGCAGUUGGCACCCAUGCAGGUAGUACAUGACAACUAGGCUGCCAUACAAAACUGAUUAAUGCAUUCCCAUUGCCAUGUUUUACAGGUAUCUCAUUCUGUGAAAAUGCAUAUAAUUUAAAAAAAAAAGUUUUUGAUACAGUA